AGUGUAAACUAAAGUUUUGGUGACAAAUGAAUUUGUUUAAAAGAAGAUGAACACACUAUCAUAUAGGUUAAAGGUCAUUUUUAUUGGGAACCAACAUUGCCAUUUGAUAUGUUCAUCAAAAGUUUAAAAAAUGGAUGUAUCCAUCCUAGGAGAGGGGUGCCAAUUUUUAGCUUUGUUCAAACUCUAUCAUCAUUUGCUUUUAUUUUAAACUUUAUUUUCUUACUUCUAAGUACAUGUUUUUUUUAAUCUAUCAAGUACUAUUAACUUUGGUGAAACAUCUACCUAGACUACAGCACAAGUUUUGACUUUGUUUCAAUAUAAAAUUGUCUAUAAACUAUGUUGCCCUCUACAUCAAUCCAAAUAGUAAGAAUCAUAGAUUUAAGAGAAAGCAAAGAAUUUUCAAACCUUUACCAUCACCUAAGGGCACACUCUCACUCUAUCUUGUGACACAAAACCCCACCUAAAGACACCAACCCUACAAAUAUAUUACUAUUAAAAUCUCAAAACUAAAUAUAUUAUUAUUAUUAUUUAUUUAUUAUUAUUAUUCUCUGCAAAAUUUCAAUCUCAUUCUUUCUUCUUCAACUAACCAUGUCUUCUUCUUCUGUCACACAAACAAAAACAGAACAACAACAUAGGAUGAAAUCGAGAAAACCCAGAAACCAAAUCAAAAACCACCACAAACCCAUUUCACAAAUGGAUCAACAAACCCAAACCACUCGUUGCAACUCCACAAUUUCAUCUCUUCUUCUCUCCACAUUCUCCAAUGAAACCGCUGUUUCUCAGCAACCCACCACCAGCAAAAAGAUUAACUUUUUAUCUGCGGCAGCUACUUUCAGAGGCUUAGGAUGUACUGCCGGUGCUUCUCAGCAGGUGUCGGUGCCGGCGGUGAUUCGUGCUUCUGCAGAUUGGACUCAUCAAGGGAAGAAAACCAGAAAAAAGAAGCAUAAGGGGAAUACUGCAGGAGGGAGUAGCAAAAAUAGUAGUAAUGAAGGUUCUUCUUCUACCUGUGUUGAUUUUCAAGAUGUUUGGUGUGGACCUGGAAUUGAUGCUGCUGCUUCUGUUGAUUGUGUUGUUUCAAAGAAGAAUGUCUCUUCAAGGGCUAAGAUUGAUUUGGAAAAGAUAACUCACCGAGAGCCUUCAUCUUCAUUCCGGAGGCGUACUACUGUCUACCCAGAUACUGAUCCUGACAUUUUCACGGCAUGCUCUUUUGGAACUGCAACAUACCCUCGCCAUAUCCGCGAUCUCUCUUCUGAUGAUUUAUCUGAGAUAAUGUUGCUUCAAGGAAGAAUACUAAUGGGAGGACGAUACAAUUCGCGCGACCUUUUUAGAGAUUUGAGACUAGAUGUUGAUAACAUGUCAUAUGAGCAAUUGCUUGAGCUUGGUGAGAGAAUUGGUCAUGUUAGUACUGGACUUAAACAAGAUGAGAUGGAACCUCAUAUAAGGAAGACUAAACUUCGAUUUUACGAGGAUGAAUCAAAGCAUCAAGUAGACAAAAAAUGCAGCAUUUGUCAGGAGGAGUUUGAAGCAGAUGAUGAGGUUGGGAGGCUGAAGUGUGAUCAUUUGUAUCACUUUGAAUGUAUACAAAAAUGGGUUGCACACAAAAAUUUCUGUCCUGUGUGUAAGGAGCAGGUUGCAGCUAGACAUUGAGUGAAAAGAUCUUGAUGUUUCACUAAGACAAUAGAUGUAUAAUUUUUCAGAUGUUUACUUAAUUAUGAAUUGUCAUUUUUUGAAAACAAAACGAGGAUCAAAUCUUAUCCCAUUAACGGGAUCGUCUAUAUGAUUCAACUUUUGUCAUAA